AUGAAGUGUGCAAACGCCGCCGCUCUCCUCUUCUUUGUCCUAUGCGACAUUGGGGUCCAUGGUGGCGAGAUUGUUGCGGAACUCUUGCACUCAAAUGUCACUGUCAAAUGGCAAACGGAUUAUGAACGGCAAACGGUGGACUUCUCGAUUUGGUUCGGAGCAAAGACCCCUGAUCUUUUGUUCCUUGGAUUUUCAGACUUUGGAGACAUGAAUAGCUCGGAUGUUCUGAUGUAUGACAAUGUAAAAAGAGAAAUUAUGGACUCCUAUACAAAUCGCGACUACAAAAUUAUCCCUGAUCUUUCGCAAGACUUCCAACAACUCCGCAGAAGAAAGGAUCAUUUCGUGGUUCGGAGAAAGUUGACGACUUGUGAUUCCAGAGACUACGCUUUUCAGCGUGGAACCACCCAAUUCUAUAUCGCCGCAUCGUUUGGAUACAGAAACUUGGUUGAUAUUAGGGACAAGAAAUGGAUUUUGGACAAGAAGUUUGGAAAAGUGAUCGAGGGACCUACUGAUCAGCCAAGUACUGAUGAAGGUGUAUCCUCUCUGGAAAGAGAUGUUCAAUUGGUGAUUGUCAACAGCAAUAGUCCUGAUCCAGUGCCAAAUGUAGAAACAACUUACGAAUGUAUCAUUCGCAAAAUGCCAUUUGACACUGUUCAUAAAACUUAUCACAUUGUCCGAAUGGAACCAUACAUCACACCUGGAAAUGAGCAUCUGGUCCACCACAUGGAGGUCUUCCUCUGCCGAGAUGAAGUGGAGGAGUGGAGUGGGAACUGCAAUGACCCAAAGAAACCGAAAAAGUCAAAGUCGUGUAGUCAUGUUAUUGCUGCAUGGGCAAUGGGAGAAGGACCAAUUCAUUACCCCAGAGAAGCCGGACUUCCAAUUGGAGGAAAGGGAAAGAAUGAGUAUGUGAUGGUGGAGAUUCACUAUAACAAUCCAGAACUUCACAAAGGAGUUAUGGAUACAUCUGGAUUUCAAUUUUAUGUUACUGGAUUGCUCAGAAUAUAUGACGCUGGAAUUAUGGAGCUUGGAUUGAUCUACUCUGAUGCCAACUCAGUACCACCAAAUCAGAAAGCAUGGGCUAUGAAUGGAUAUUGUCCAUCUCAAUGCACGCAGAAUCUUCCCGAAGAAGGCAUCAAUAUCUUCGCCAGUCAAAUGCACGCUCAUCUAACUGGAAGAAAGCUCUGGACCUCUCAAUACCGUGAUGGUGUCCAAAUUGGAGAUGUCAACAGAGAUGAGCACUACUCUCCCCAUUGGCAACAUCUUCAGCAGCUCCGUCCAAUGGUCCGUGUCAUGCCAGGAGACACUUUGGUCACUACUUGUGUCUAUGACACCAGAAGACGCUCGAAUGUCACUUUUGGAGGUUACGGAAUCACUGAUGAAAUGUGCGUCAACUAUAUUUAUUACUACCCAGCAUCAGAAGUUGAAGUUUGCAAGUCGGCGAUUUCCAACAGCACAUUGAGAGCUUAUUUUUCGCAAAGACAUGGUAUGGAUGGCAAAACAAUGAAAAUCUCUGAUAUGUACAACGGCGUCAAAGACUGGAGCAAUGGUGUUGACGAGGAGUUUUAUAAUGUGUUGAAUGUCGGAAACGUAAACAUGAAUUGCUUGAAAUCCAACGGAGAGUCAUUCGAGUUCAAAUCAAAAGACCCUCGUCAAGGCUGGGAGAAUAUGGCAAGACCUCGACUCUUCUCCGGCUCGUUCAUCAGAACUAGAGACCGAUUCCAGUGUCCAGCGAUCAAUGACAUGAUCAAUUUUGAAUAA